AUGACACAAAUUCCAACUGAAAUAGUAGUGCAUUAUUUAGAUGAAAUUGGCUGGGGAAAGUACCAAUGGUCUAUUUUUGAGCAAUGCAUGAUUGUAUUCUUUAAAUAGUCAUAUUUCAAUAUACAGUUUAGAAAUCUUUCAAUUGGCUAUUUUGCUGCUAUUUAUGCAAUAGAUCUUGGAAUCAGCAAUACACAAAAGGGUUUAAUGGGCACACUAUUUCAGCUAGGAUGCUUUAUUGGCUCUUAUUUUUGAGGAAAUCUCUCUGAUCGUCACGGAAGAGCUUCUACAGUCAAAAAAGCAGGAUUUAUAUUUAUUUUUGUUCAUUUAGUUUGGAUUUUUGCUGACAAUAUUUUUGUUAUUUUAAUUUUAUGCUUUGCUUCUGGGUUUGGAAACACAGGGGAAAUGGUAAUAAUCCCAGUUCUUUUUAAAGAAUUCUGUCCUACGAAGAAAUUGAAUUUUAUAACAAAAUUGACUUCAGGGUUUGCAAUAGGUGGAGCAUUUAUUGCUUUUAGCGCGAUUUCGAUUGAAAUAAUUGGUAGUAAUUAUUUGCCUGAUUGAUGCUUUAUGGCAAUAAUUUUACUUUUUUGUCAUGUCUUAAUGUCAAUAUUAAGAAUUGGGUUAGAUGAAACCCCAGGCUUCUUAGCAUCAAAAGGAAAAUUUAGUCAAACUGAAGAAUUAUUAUCUAAAAUAGCAAAAAUAAAUGGAAAAGACUCUAUUUCAAUUAGCAUUUCUCCUGUUGAUAAUACAAAUGCACAAUCAGUCAAGGCUCCCAUCAAAAUGAAGGCUAUUUUUUCUAAAAAAUAUGUAAAAUCAACAGUUUUUGUUUCAAUUAUUUAUUUUUUUAUAUAUUUUGGAAGCUUCAGCAUGAAUUUAUUUAUGCCCAGAUUUUUACAACAAUUCUCUUUUGCAGUUAGAUACACAAUAAUAUUAAUCCAACAAUUAUCAGGAAUUCCAGGCAUAUUUUUGGCAUCAUUUCUUGUAAAUACAAAGCUAGGAAGAAAGCACACACUUCUGCUAUCCCUGGCUAUUACAAGCUUUUCAGUAUAUUUAUUUAUUUUUCUCGAGCAUAUUGUUGCAGUAAAACUUAUUUAGGUGAUAAUUGUCAUUAUGAUGCUUGCAUCGGUUAAUUUUGCAAGUUUUGGAUCAUUAUUUACGCUUUCUCCUGAAAUCUACCCUACUGAAAUAAGAAACUCUGCUAUGGGAUUUUUCUUUACAUGGUCAAGAAUUGGAUCAUCUAUAUCACCUUUUAUUGGUGGGAUGAUUUUGGAUAUAGAAAAUGGAAAAGAAGUAGCAUUGGCAUUAUUCGCAUCUGGGUAUUUAAUCGCAAGUUUGAGUACAGUUUUUAUAGAAGAGACACGACCUUCUUUAAAAACCACAAUUUUAAUUGAAGAAAAUAGUCCACAAUAG